UUGGUUAACAUUUUAGACGACCUAUCAUUGGUUGAAUAUCGCCGCACAUGGUUCCAGCAUGAUGGUGCACCUCCACAUGUCGUGAGGUUCGUCUGUGCGCGCCUCACCGAAUUAUUUGAUGAUCACUGGAUUGGCAGACAAGGACCACACGCUUGGCCACCUCGCUCACCAGAUCUGACCCCGUUAGACUUCUUUCUGUGGGGGUAUGUGAAGGAAAGGGUUUUUAAUCGUAAGUAUAUACAACACUUGGAGGAAAAGGCGUGCUCAAAGCCUCAUCCCAAUUUGGAGUCACUCAAGACAUCCUUGAUUAAGGCAGCCACCGAUAUUGACAUGGACCUCGUUCGUGCUGCGAUAGCCGACUGGCCGCGCAGAUUGAAGGCCUGUAUUCAAAAUCAAGAAGGUCAUUUUGAAUAA